GCUCUUGAACCGUACGCAAUCAUUCCGUGGAGGGGAAGCGACCGGUUUCAUUAGUUGCAUUGCGUUUGAAUUCACGACGUGGCUCGUUCGUUUCGUUCCUAAAUAGCGGUACCCCGCGAAGUUGCCGAUUAUAUUGGCGUGUAACUGUUUGCAUCCAGCCUUUUUGCAAUUGUCACUGGCUGUUUGUAAAAAAAGAAUUUAAAAAAUAUAAAAUCGAGUUUGGCGGGAGCGCCGUUGACGUUUUGAAAUUUUUCCUUUGCGUAUUUUAUAGUUAUCGUUUUUAAAGUUAUUAUUGUCGAUAUGGCGUGCACAGUGUGUAUGAACCCAGAGGGCAAGCCCGUGAAAAUGAGAAAAGAACGCGACACCUUCGGCGAGCUGGACGUGCCCGAUGACAGGCUGUAUGGAGCGCAGACUGUCAGGUCGGUAAUGAACUUCCCCAUCGGUGGCAUUGAGGAGCGCAUGCCUUACCCAGUGAUCGUUGCUUUCGGAAUCCUGAAGAAGGCAGCCGCUAAGGUGAACAUUGAGUAUGGGCUGGACAAGAAGAUUGCCGACGCCAUCAUCCAGGCGUGCGAUGACGUCAUAUCCGGCAAGCUGUACCGCGAGGGUCACUUCCCGCUGGUCAUCUGGCAAACAGGAUCCGGCACUCAGUCCAACAUGAACGCCAACGAGGUGAUCUCGAACCGCGCGAUCCAGAUCCUGGGCGGCACGCUCGGCAGCAAGGACCCCGUGCACCCCAACGACCACGUCAACAAGUCGCAGAGCUCCAACGACACGUACCCCACGGCCAUGCACAUCGCCGUGGCCAUGGAGCUGCGCGACCGGCUCAUGCCGGGACUCUGCGCUCUCCGGGACACGCUCGACGCCAAGGCCAAGGCGUUCGACAAGAUCAUCAAGAUUGGCAGGACGCACCUGAUGGACGCGGUGCCGCUGACGCUGGGGCAGGAGUUCAGCGGCUACGUGGCGCAGCUGUCGUUCGGCAUCGAGCGCGUGUGCGGCGUGCUGCCGCGCCUGCACCUGCUGGCGCUGGGCGGCACGGCCGUGGGCACGGGGCUCAACACGCGCAUCGGCUUCGCGGAGAAGUGCGCCGCCGAGAUCGCCUCGCUCACCGGCAUCCCGUUCGAGACGGCGCCGAACAAGUUCGAGGCGCUGGCGUCGCACGACACCAUGGUGGAGGUGCACGGCGCGCUCAACACCAUCGCCGUGUCGCUCAUGAAGAUCGCCAACGACAUCCGCUUCCUGGCGUCCGGCCCGCGCUGCGGCCUCGCCGAGCUGCAGCUGCCCGAGAACGAGCCCGGCUCCUCCAUCAUGCCCGGUAAAGUGAACCCGACGCAGUGCGAGUCGCUGACGAUGAUCGCAGCGCAGGUGAUGGGCAACCACGUGGCCUGCACCGUCGGCGGCAGCAACGGACACUUCGAGCUUAACGUGUUCAAGCCCAUGAUCGUCGCCAACGUACUGCGCUCCAUACGGCUUAUCGGCGAUGGGUGCCAGGCGUUCAACAAGAACUGUGCAGUGGGCAUCCAGGCCAACGAGGCGCAGAUCGCCAAGAUCAUGCGCGAGUCACUCAUGCUCGUCACCGCGCUCAACCCACACAUCGGAUACGACAAGGCGGCGUUAAUUGCCAAGACCGCCCACAAGGAAGGUGGCACGCUGAAGGACACUGCUAUCAAGCUAGGCAUUCUCACCGCUGAGCAGUUCGACCAGUGGGUCAGGCCGGAGGAAAUGCUGGGACCCAAGUAAACGCGCCACAGACGUUGUUAGCCAUGAGGCGGUGAUUGCCAACAGAAAACUCCCAUCAAACUAUUGGAACCGCUAAAUAGACCCGUAAAAUGCUGGUAUCUCGGCAAACUAUUGUGCGCCAAUUUAAAAUGGAAUUAUUCAUCAUAUAUUUUAUCAAUGGAGUUUUCACAAACACUGCCCUACACAAAACUGAUUCGAAAGUAUUGUUGAACUAUUUAAUAAAACUGUAAUGAUGUCCUUUUUGUAUAGUUAUACAUUAUUUUUUUAAUGAUAUUGCUUGUAGAGUGGAUGGCAAUAGUCUUGUAGAUUUGUUAUUUGAAACCAAGCUUAUGAGAAUAAUGUACAAAUAUAAAAUUAUCUGUUUAUUUCAUAGCCUAACAAAAUGAUUUGUUAGUAUGUGAUAGAAACUCUCGGCGUCAGCUGACCAAUGCAUUUUGUUUUAUAAUAUUUAAAUUAGUCAGUUAUAUAAUUAAAUGCCUUCAUACAUGUAAGGUAAAUCUCUGUUAUCUUUGAGGUAGUUAAAACCGUCAGUCCAACUUUACUUGAAGUCUAAGCCUUAUUGUAAUUGCAAACAUCGGAUAGAAUCUUCGAGAACCCCAGAUAUAUUUAUUAAAAUUCUUCUGUACUUAACAAAAACAGUAUCUUUGGCACUGGUAUCUGUAGGAAUGUGUAUGAUCAAAUUUAUUUUAUGUCUUCAUUUGUCAUAAUGCUGAUACAAAAAUAUAGUUCCUGAUAACUUACGGUGUACCAGAUACUGGUUGCAAUUAUGCAAUUAUAAUCUACCAUUAAGUUCUCAUGUAAAUUCCAUGUAUUUAAUAUUCAGCCAAGUCAACAUGUACAACGCCUCCACUGUGUAAGAUCGUUGGUAUUGUCUCAUGUACAAUUUACAUUUUAAUGUACGUUAUAUAAAUAAAUUAUUAUAUGAAGA